UCCCCCCAUUUCUGCGCGCCGCGGCUCGUUGGUAGGGUCCUCGGCGGUUGGCACAUGUGUGGCUGUCACAUCUCCGCAUCGCCCAAAUCUCCCCUUUCCCCCCCUGGAGUCCUCCUCGCUGUCUGUUUUUGUUUUGAAGCGCGCCGGGUCGCGUCCACGCGUUUUUGCGCACCGCUGCCCGCGUGCACCUUAACGCACACGUUUGCGGAGCUCUUCCUCCGCCCUCCCCCUCCUCCGUCCUUGGUCCGCGAGCAGUUCUCUGGCCCCCACCAACUAAGAAGUGAAGCCUGUGCCCUGCGCUGCGGGGAAAAGUCCGCUCGGCUGCAGAACAUCGGCUGAGAAGCGCUUUUCGUGCUUGAAAGAAGUUGGAGCCGCUGCCGUGAAGUUGUGGCAGGACCGGGAGCUGGAAUGCUCAACGCCACCGCGUAAGGUAGACCCCUGAGCGGAGCGAGCAGCAGGCGGAGCCUCCAGUGAGCCCCAGAGCGCCCUUGACCACAGCAUGAACGCAGCAUGGACGUGAAAGAGCGCAGGCCCUACUGCUCACUGACAAAGAGCCGGCGGGACAAGGAGCGCCGUUACACGAGCUCAUCAGCCGAGAGCGACGAGUGCCGCGUCCCCACGCAGAAAUCCUACAGCUCUAGCGAGACUCUCAAAGCCUUCGAUCAUGACUCCUCACGCCUCCUCUAUAGCAGCCGCGUGAAGGAGAUGGUUCACAGGGAGGCGGACGAGUACAGCCGGCAAGGGCAGAACUUCACUCUGAGGCAGCUGGGAAUAACUGGACCAGCUGCACGCAGGGGCCUGGCCUUCUGCGCUGAGAUGGGCCUCCCUCACCACGGCUAUUCGGACACGAAUGCUGAGGAUCGGGGGGUUGUGUCCCCGGGGCGCACUGUGCACCCGUGGGUCGGCGGCGCCCGGUCGGGCCGGAGCUCAUGUCUGUCGAGCCGCUCCAACUCGGCCCUCACGCUGACCGACACGGAGCACGAGAACAAGUCGGACAGUGAGAAUGGUUCUCCCAUGCCAUCGUCUUUAUCCAGUCCAUCAGUCAUUGAGCAUUCACAUUCCCAGCCUCCAUCACCCAAUCUCCAUGACAACCAGAGGCAGUUGAUAAAUACUGACACUGCCCAGCCAGUUCAUGAGUCAGAUGAUGAAUACACUCCCAGCCCGUAUUUACCAGUAGUGCACGAUGGCCAAGUUUCUACUUGUGAGGAACUGCCAUCCAAUCAGCAAGGCCAAUCCACCCUGCAGCCAGCUCCGCCCACCCACGCACAGCACACGUCCAUCACCUCAGUCAACCGCAACUCCCUGACCAAUCGCAGGAACCAUAGUCCGGCCCCGCCGGCCGCCCUGCCCGCCGAGCUGCAAACCACACCCGAAUCAGUCCAGCUGCAGGACAGCUGGGUCCUGGGCAGCAAUGUGCCGCUGGAGAGCAGAAAAUUAGCAAAGCAAGCAGUUCUCGAAAAUGGGCAUGACAACCUAAUAGAGAUGGACGUAUUCACUCCAGUGUGCCACGAUGGUGACUUUGGGGAUGGGCACUUCCUCUUUAAGACAGGCACAGGCACUACCCCUCUGUUCAGCACGGCCACCCCAGGCUACACCAUGGCGACUGGGGCUGUCUACUCGCCUCCAACACGGCCCCUGCCCAGGAAUACACUCUCCAGAAGUGCGUUUAAGUUCAAGAAGUCAUCCAAGCACUGCUCCUGGAGGUGCACAGCCCUGACCGCCCUGGCCGUCUCCGUCCUAUUGUCCAUCCUGCUUUGCUACUGCAUAGCCAUGCAUUUCUUCGGUCUUAACUGGCAGCUCCAGGAGACGGACAGCUACGCAUUCGAAAAUGGACAGGUGAAGUCGGAGGCUACGCCAACACACGCCGUGACGGCACUCUCCGCUGACAAUGGGAAGCUGGGCGUGUUCCUGCAGGAGAACAACACCAUCGACACGGGCGAGGUGGACGUGGGCCGCCGUGCAGCUCAGGAGGUGCCGCCGGGGAUCUUCUGGCGUUCACAGCUCUUCAUCGACCAGCCGCAGUUCCUCAAGUUCAACAUCUCUGUGCAGAAGGACGCGCUGAUCGGGGUCUACGGCAGGAAGGGCCUGCCGCCAUCACACACACAGUAUGACUUUGUGGAGCUGGUGGACGGCAGCCGCCUCAUCGCCAAAGAGAAGCGCAGCGUGACGGAGCCGGAGCUGGCGGGGAGGAGGCCGCGCUCGGUGGCCGUGCACGAGGCCGGCUUCAUUCAGUACCUGGACACGGGCCUCUGGCACCUGGCCUUCUACAAUGAUGGGCGCAACUCCGAGCAGGUGUCCUACAACACCAUUGUUGUCGAAUCCAUCAUGGAGUGUCCAUACAAUUGCCAUGGAAACGGAGAGUGUCUUUCUGGAACGUGUCAUUGUUUCCCGGGGUUCCUUGGACCUGACUGCUCAAGAGCCGCCUGCCCCGUGCUGUGCAGCGGGAACGGUCAGUAUUCCAGGGGGCGGUGCCAGUGCUUCAGCGGGUGGAAGGGCACGGAGUGCGACGUGCCCAACAGCCAGUGCAUCGACAUCCAGUGCGGAGGCCACGGCAUCUGUGUCAUGGGCUCCUGUGUCUGCAACACCGGCUACAAGGGAGACAACUGCGAAGAAGCGGACUGCUUGGACCCAACAUGCUCUUCCCAUGGCGUGUGUCUCCAUGGGGAGUGUCACUGCAGCCCUGGCUGGGGGGGUGUGAGCUGCGAGAUUCUGAAGACCAUGUGCCCGGACCAGUGCUCGGGUCACGGCACCUACCAGGCCGAGAGCGGGACGUGCGCUUGCGAUAGUAACUGGACAGGGCCCGACUGCGCCAUGGAGGUGUGCACGGUGGACUGCGGCUCCCACGGCGUUUGUGUGGGCGGGGCUUGCCGCUGCGAGGAAGGCUGGACGGGUGCGGCCUGUGACCAGCGGGCGUGUCACCCGCGCUGCGCCGAGCACGGCACCUGCAGGGACGGGAAGUGCGAGUGCAGCCAGGGCUGGAACGGGGAACACUGCACCAUAGCUCACUAUCUGGAUAAGAUAGUACAAGACAAGAUAGGAUAUAAAGAGGGAUGCCCUGGUUUGUGCAACAGCAACGGGAGAUGCACCCUGGACCAGAACGGCUGGCAUUGUGUCUGCCAGUCCGGCUGGAGAGGGGCCGGGUGCGAUGUUGCCAUGGAGACCGUCUGCACUGACUCCAAGGACAACGAGGGAGAUGGACUGGUGGACUGCAUGGACCCCGACUGCUGCUUGCAGAGCUCGUGCCAGAACCAGCCCUACUGCCAUGGAUCCCCGGACCCUAGCGACGUCAUCAGCCAGAGCCAGCAGCCGACCUCCCAGCAGGCCGCCAGGUCCUUCUACGAGCGCAUCAGCUUCCUGCUGGGACCGGAGAGCACCCACGUCGUGUAUGGGGAGAACCCAUUCAACAGGAGCCUGGUGUCUAUCAUCCGAGGGCAGGUGAUGACGGCGGAUGGGACCCCGCUCAUUGGGGUGAACGUGUCCUUCAUGCACUACCCUUCCCAUGGAUUCACCAUCACGCGCCAGGAUGGCAUGUUUGACCUGCUGGCCAACGGAGGUGCCUCGCUGACCCUGAGCUUCGAGCGGGCCCCCUUCCUGACACAGCACCGCACCGUGUGGAUCCCGUGGAACGUGUUCCACGUCAUGGAUACGCUGGUGAUGAAGAAGGAGGAGAAUGACAUCCCCAGCUGUGACCUGAGCGGCUUUGUGCGGCCCGUCCCGUCCAUCGUGUCCUCCCCGCUGUCCACCUUCUUUCGCUCGUCCCCAGAGGACGGCCCCAUCAUACCCGAAACACAGGUCCUUCAUGAGGAAACAGCGAUCCCGGGAAGUGACCUCCAUCUCUUCUACCUGAGCUCCCGGGCUGCCGGCUACAAACCCAUCCUCAAAGUGACCAUGACUCAGGCCACCAUUCCCUUCAACCUAAUGAAGGUCCACCUCAUGGUGGCAGUGGUUGGCCGCCUCUUUCAGAAGUGGUUCCCAGCAUCUCCUGAUCUGUCCUACACCUUCAUAUGGGACAAGACUGAUGCCUACAACCAGAAGGUCUAUGGCUUGUCAGAAGCAGUUGUGUCUGUAGGGUUUGAAUAUGAAUCUUGCCUGGAUUUGAUUCUCUGGGAGAAAAGAACUGCUCUCUUACAAGGAUAUGAAUUAGACGCCUCCAAUAUGGGCAGCUGGACACUGGGAAAACACCAUGUGUUAGAUGUGCAGAAUGGCAUCGUGUACAAGGGGAUUGGCGAGAACCAGUUUAUUUCUCAGCAGCCGCCAGUGAUCAACACCAUCAUGGGGAACGGGCGGAGGCGCAGCAUCUCCUGCCCCAGCUGCAAUGGCCAGGCGGACGGGAACAAGCUGCUCGCACCCGUGGCCCUGGCCAGCGGCAGCGAUGGCAGCCUCUUUGUGGGCGACUUUAAUUACAUCCGACGCAUCUUCCCUUCGGGGAACGUGACCAGUGUCAUGGAGCUCAGAAAUAAAGAUUUCAGACAUAGCAACAACCCAGCUCAUAGGUAUUACCUGGCCACGGACCCGGUCACAGGCCAGCUCUACGUCUCUGACACCAACUCCCGACGGAUCUACCGGCCCAAGGUGCUGUCGGGGACCAAGGACCUGCUGCAGAACGGCGAGGUCGUGGCUGGGACAGGCGAACACUGCCUGCCCUUCGAUGAAGCCCGCUGCGGGGACGGGGGGAAAGCUACUGAGGCUCUGCUAAUGGGCCCCAAAGGUAUUGUUGUCGAUAAGAAUGGGGUCAUUUACUUUGUGGAUGGGACCAUGAUCCGAAAAGUGGAUCAGAACGGCAUCAUUUCGACCUUGCUCGGCUCCAACGACCUCACUUCGGCCCGUCCGUUGACCUGUGACACCAGCAUGCACAUCCGACAGGUUCGACUGGAGUGGCCUACUGAUCUCGCAAUCAACCCGAUGGACAACUCCCUCUAUGUGCUAGACAACAAUGUUGUUCUCCAGAUCACAGAAAACAGGCAGGUCCGCAUUGCAGCUGGAAGGCCAAUGCAUUGCCAGGUCCCUGGCGUUGAAUACGCUCUAGGCAAGAGGGCGGUCCAGACCACCCUGGAGUCGGCUAGCGCAAUCGCCGUGUCCUACAACGGCAUGCUCUAUAUUGCCGAGACAGAUGAGAAGAAGAUCAACCGCAUCCGGCAGGUUUCCACAGAUGGUGAGAUCUCCCACCUGGCAGGCAUGCCGUCUGAAUGUGACUGCAAAAAUGACGCCAAUUGCGACUGCUACCAGACGGGCGACGGUUACGCCAAGGAUGCCAAGCUCAAUGCACCGUCCUCACUUGCAGUGUCCCCCGACGGCACUCUGUACAUAGCCGAUUUGGGCAACAUCCGCAUCCGUGCCAUUUCUAGGAACCAACCCCCACUCAACUCCAUGAACUUCUACGAGGUUGCAUCCCCCACGGACCAGGAGCUGUACGUUUUUGAUGUCAACGGCACGCACCAGUACACCAUGAGCCUGAUCACCGGGGACUACUUGUACAACUUCAGCUAUAGCAAUGAGAACGACGUGACAGCUGUGACAGACAGCAAUGGCAACACGCUGCGCAUCCGCAGGGACCCCAGCCGCAUGCCUGUCCGCAUCGUCUCUCCAGAUAACCAGGUCAUCUGGCUCACCGUAGGCACCAACGGCGGCCUAAAAACCCUGACUGCCCAGGGACAGGAGCUGGUCCACUUCACCUACCAUGGCAGCAGCGGUCUCUUGGCCACAAAGAGCACAGAAAUCGGAUGGACAACCUUCUAUGACUACGACAGCGAGGGUCGGCUCACGAAUGUGACUUUCCCAACUGGGGUGGUGACCAGUCUGCAUGGAGAAAUGCAAGGGGCAAUUACGGUGGACAUUGAGACCUCUGGGAGGGACGAGGACGUCAGUAUCACCACCAACCUCUCGUCCAUCGACUCUUUCUAUACUCUGGUGCAAGACCAGCUGAGGAACAGCUAUCAGGUGGGCCACGACAACUCGCUGAGGAUCGUCUUUGCCAACGGGAUGGACACACACUACCAGACAGAGCCACACAUCCUGGCGGGUGCGGCCAACCCCACGGUGGCACGGCGCAACAUGACGCUGCCUGGGGAGAAUGGCCAGAACUUGGUGGAGUGGCGCUUCCGGAAGGAACAGACGCGGGGGCGCGUCAUCGUGUUCGGCCGCAAGCUCAGGGUGAAUGGCAGAAACCUUCUCUCCGUUGACUAUGACCGAACAUUGCGCACGGAGAAAAUAUACGACGACCACCGCAAGUUCCUGUUGAAGAUCAUCUACGACACUUCCGGCCAUCCCAUGCUGUGGGUGCCAAGCAGCAAGUUGAUGUCAGUCAACCUGACUUACUCGUCUACGGGCCAGGUCACCAGCAUCCAGCGGGGGACCACCUUUGAGAGGGUAGAGUACGACAGCCAGGGCCGGCUGGUGUCUCGUGUGUUUGCCGACAGCAAGACAUGGAGCUACACCUACUUAGAGAAGUCCAUGGUGCUGCUGCUGCACAGUCAACGGCAGUACAUCUUCGACUAUGAUUCGGGAGAUCAUCUGUCAGCUGUAACGAUGCCUAGCGUUGCACGCCACACCAUGCAAACCAUCCGCUCUGUCGGCUACUACCGAAAUAUCUACCACCCACCGGAGAGCAAUGCCUCAGUCAUCGUGGACUACAGCGAGGAUGGUCAGCUGCUGAAGGUGGCCCAUUUGGGGACAGGCAGACGUGUUCUGUACAAGUACAGACGGCAGACAAAGCUCUCGGAGAUCUUGUACGACAGCACACGGGUCAGUUUCACCUACGAUGAAACGGCGGGAGUCCUCAAGACUGUCAAUCUGCAGAGUGAAGGAUUCAUCUGCACUAUUAGGUACCGUCAGAUCGGGCCCCUGAUUGACCGGCAGAUCUUCCGUUUCAGCGAGGACGGCAUGGUGAAUGCCCGUUUUGACUACACAUAUGACAACAGCUUCCGUGUGACGAGCAUGCAGGGGGUCAUCAAUGAGACACCACUCCCAAUUGACCUCUAUCAGUUUGAUGACAUCUCAGGGAAGGUCGAGCAGUUUGGAAAGUUUGGCGUCAUCUACUACGACAUCAAUCAGAUCAUUUCUACUGCUGUCAUGACCUACACCAAGCACUUUGAUGUUCAUGGCAGAAUCAAGGAAAUCCAGUAUGAAAUAUUCAGAUCAUUGAUGUAUUGGAUAACAAUACAGUAUGACAACAUGAGCAGGGUGACAAAGAGGGAAAUUAAAAUUGGCCCAUUUGCCAACACCACAAAGUACAGCUACGAGUAUGAUGUCGACGGCCAACUCCAGACAGUCUAUUUGAACGAGAAGAUUAUGUGGCGCUACAAUUAUGACCUGAAUGGAAACCUUCACCUACUGAACCCAAGCAACAGCGCUCGCCUCACUCCCCUCCGCUACGACCUCAGGGACCGAAUAACGAGGCUGGGAGAUGUUCAGUACCGCAUGGAUGAAGACGGCUUCCUACGGCAGAGGGGAGCUGAGAUCUUUGAGUACAACUCCAAGGGCCUCCUGGUGCGGGUUUACAGCAAGGGCAAUAGUUGGACGAUCCAGUACCGCUACGAUGGCCUUGGUCGGAGGGUCUCCACACGGACGAGCCUUGGGCAACACCUCCAAUUCUUCUAUGCUGACCUGAACUACCCCACGAGGAUCACCCAUGUGUAUAAUCACUCCAGUUCAGAGAUCACCUCACUUUACUACGACCUGCAAGGCCACCUCUUCGCCAUGGAGAUUAGCAGUGGAGAGGAAUACUACAUUGCCUGUGACAACACAGGAACACCGCUGGCUGUCUUCAGCAGCAACGGACUCAUGAUCAAGCAGAUUCAGUACACGGCCUAUGGAGAGAUUUACUUUGAUUCCAACCCAGACUUUCAGCUGGUGAUUGGCUUCCAUGGAGGCCUCUAUGACCCCCUGACCAAACUGCUCCAUUUCGGGGAACGGGACUAUGACAUCUUGGCUGGCCGUUGGACCAUACCUGACAUUACCACAUGGAAAAGGGUUGGGAAGGAUCCUGCUCCCUUUAACCUCUACAUGUUCCGGAACAACAAUCCUAUAAGCAAAGUGCAUGAAAUGAAAGAGUAUGUGACAGAUGUGAACAGCUGGCUUGUGACGUUUGGAUUCCAUCUACACAAUGUCAUACCUGGGUUUCCCAUCCCCAGAUUCGACUUGAUGAUACCUUCUUUCGAGCUCAAGAAGAGUCAGCUUUGGAAUGACCUGCCGUCCAUGUCUGGUGUCCAGCAAGAAGUAUUGAGACAAGCAAAGGCCUUCCUGUCAUUUGAGAAGAUGCCAGAGAUACAGCUCACCAGGCCACGGAUCAAAAGGGAGAAGUCAUGGCUGUGGUUUGCAAUGGUCAAGUCCCUCAUCGGGAAAGGCGUCAUGCUGGCAAUCAGCCAGGGACGGGUGACCACAAAUGUGCUUAACAUUGCCAGCGAGGACUGUGUCAAAGUUGCAGGGGUCCUCAACAAUGCCUUCUACCUGGAAAACCUGCACUUCACUGUCGAGGGCCGUGACACACACUACUUCAUCAAGACCACGCUGCCAGAGAGCGACCUGGGGGCGCUGCGCCUGACCAGCGGGCGCAAGGCCUUGGAGAAUGGCGUCAACGUGACCGUGUCGCAGUCCACCACGGUGGUCAACGGCAGGACUCGCAGGUUCGCCGACGUCGAGCUGCAGCACGGCGCCCUGGUGCUGCACGUGCGCUACGGUAUGACAUUAGACGAGGAGAAGGCCCGCGUGCUGGAGCAGGCACGACAGAGGGCGCUGGCAGCCGCCUGGGCGCGGGAGCAGCAGCGCGUGCGAGACGGUGAGGAGGGCGCCCGCCUUUGGACUGAGGGUGAGAAGAGGCAGCUCCUGAGCAGCGGCAAAGUGCUGGGCUACGACGGGUACUAUGUACUCUCUAUCGAGCAAUACCCCGAGUUAGCCGACAGCGCCAACAACAUCCAGUUCUUAAAGCAAAGCGAAAUAGGGAAGAGGUAACAAACUGUGUAUCACAGACCGCCAAAGAACCCGGCCGUCCCAGGGGAACGUGUGUGCGAGAGGGGUGUGAGCAAUGCCGCGUGAUACGAACACAUUUUACAGUCAGCGUAGGGAUGGAAUUGCUUUCCCGGCCUCGUGAAUUCUGUGCUGCAGACCACCGCUGUCUGCAACGGAAAACUUGACCAGACUGGACUCUCUCCACAGAGAAGGAAACAAGGCAAAGAGCAGUAGUUUAUAAUAAGACGUUUUUACUAAUGACCUUAAAAGGUUAUCUGCUUUAAAAGAAAUCAAAAGAAGAAAAAAAAGAAAUGUGUUUACAUAUGCAUAUCACUGCACUCAACUGGACUAAUAUGUAUAAUGCCUAUCAGUUUUUUUUCCAGGCAAUUUCUGUAACGUUUGUUUUCAUUAUGAAUGGUUGACCUUUGCUUCUUGAAGACUAGUUGCGCUCUUAAUGAUAAAUAAAUAAAAAAUACACAAGUCUCAGUAACAAGGCAAGUGGGAGAAACUGCUGUCAAUAAUUCCAGCCAUCCAUGCUGCUUUUAUAUUUUAAUUUUUUUAAGGACUUUAGCACCAAUGAAAAUGGUUGGACUUUCAGUGUGUCGUUCAUUUUAUUGCAGUAUCGUGUUUUGCCUUGGGUGAGAAAAAUUCAAGGUGAGUACAGAGAUUAUUGAAACAAGAUAUACACAACAAAAUAUCCUACAAAGCAAAGGAAAACA